AAACUGGCAUAGCUCCAUUUGCUCGCUCACCUAUAAAUUACCAGCCUUUGGUCCUCACCCUCUUCCCCAUUCCAACGCACUUCUCUGCUGCAUCCCAGCCAUUCUUUCUUUGUUUCCGUUUCUUCAGAUCACAGCCAAAAAUCAUGAGCACUGUCACCAUCACUGAGGAUUUCACCAGCCCAGUCCCAGCCCAAAGGCUGUUCAAGGCCUUGGUCCUCGACGCCGACACGCUUCUCCCCAAGAUUGUGCCCCAAGCCAUCAGGAGCAUUGAAACAAUCCAAGGAGAUGGAGGCCCUGGCUCCAUCAAACAACUUAACUUCGCCGAAGGCAGCCAGAUCAAGUUUGUGAAGCACAGGAUCAAUGCACUUGACAAAGAGAAGAUGACUUAUGCUUACACCCUGAUCGAAGGCGACACUCUGAUGGACAAGAUAGAGUCCGUUUCUUAUGAGAUGUCGGUUGAGCCAUCGCCAGAUGGGGGCAGCAUUGGUAAGAAUGUCAGCAAGUACAAGGCUAAGCCCGGCAUUGAGAUCAAAGAGGAGGACGUCAAGGCCGGCAAGGAGAAGGCCUCGGGCGUGUUCAAGGCUGUGGAAGCCUAUCUCCUGGCCAACCCUGAUGCCUAAUUGCCUAUAUAUGCUUGAACAAAUAUUCCUUUGCCUGCUGUGGUUUGUUUCUGUCCAAGGUGCUACUUUGGCAUUAUAUAUAUUUGUGUCUCUGGGAAAUAAUAUACAGUUGUUCUGUAAUGUUAUGAUGUAAUGGAAAAGUCACUGAAAUCUUAUCAUAAAUCUUCGAUCUAAGCCAAUAAAUUUGCUUAUUUAUAUCCAA